AUGAAAAAAUUGCAGGAGACUCGGAAGAGCGGACUGCGCCUGCGGAAUUAGGAGUUCGCGGGGCCCUCCUCGAGGAGAAGGAGCUCCGCGCGGAACGGGGCGCGUGAACGUACCCCUGGGGCCGCCGUGGUGUUGUCCGCCGGGGGUGGCGGUGGCGGUGGGGGUGGAGGUGGGUGCAGACGCCGUGACUUGGAACGUCGUGGGGGUGGUGGUCGGGAGGCCCCCUGCCUCGCCACCAUCAGUUCCUCUGUUGCCGGGAGUGCGGGGGGUUGUAGGCCUGUGGUGGGGCUCCCCUCCUAUAAAAAGCGUCAAGGUAGCGGGACCGCCUGGGCUCGCGGUAGCCGGGGCCAUGGCAGAGGUCGCGGGGGCGGCGUGAACCUACUUGGUUCAGGCGUCGCCCCCGCGAAUUACGCUCCAGGACUGCAGGGCGUAGCGCCUGAACUACGAGAGGUCGUGAAUAUCCUCGGCGAGAGGAACCAAGUCGGUACGCUGACGGGGGUGGGGCCGCCGCCGGGUGCGCUGGACAACGACAUAGAGGGGGACGAAGAGGAGGGCACCACGACGAAGAGGCCGCCGAGGCCGCUCUACAGGAGGCUAAUCAACUACGUGCGGCAGGCUUGGACCGGUGUGAAAUUCGCUUUAGAUUCGGAGUACGAGGAGGAGCAAACGCCACGGUACCGACCGGAUUCCUUGGCAAGCCUUUGUAGAGCUACGAGAUUCACCGAGGCCGAGCUGAAAAGAAUAUAUCGCGGCUUCAAGGCAGAAUGUCCCACGGGAGUGGUGAGAGAGGAAACUUUCAAGUGUAUCUACUCGCAGUUCUUUCCGCAAGGUGCCAACACUAGCCAAUACGCGCAUUACGUUUUUAAUACCUUGGACCAGGAUCACAGCGGUAUUCUCAGCUUCGAGGACUUUGUCACCGGUCUCAGUAUACUGUCUCGAGGUUCCAUCGAUGAAAAACUGCGUUGGACGUUCUCCCUUUACGACAUCAACGGCGACGGUUGUAUCACGAGAGAAGAAAUGACGGACAUCGUGACAGCUGUAUACGAGCUGAUGGGGAAGUUCGCCGAUCCAAAUUUGGACCAUCAAGGCGUCCGUGAGAAAGUCGAUCGGAUGUUUCAGAAAAUGGACGGGAACAAGGACGGCGUGGUGACGCUGUCCGAGUUUUUGGAAGCGUGUCGCGCGGACCCGGACAUCUCGACGAGUAUGGCAGCCCUGGACACGGCCUUCUGACACUCGGCACGUACGCGAUACACUCCGUGGACCUGAAGAGAUCGCUCGGUUUGGGAAUAAAUCGCUCAAACGUUGUUGCCACCGCGGAAACAGGAGGCGACAGCAGCAUUUCCUCGAGAAUGUUUCGCGAAGGUCCCCCAGCGACGGGAGAGGAGAUUCGGCGUAUAUUCCGGUCGGGAGGGUCUCCGAAGAAAACGACUCAGAUACUUUUUCCUGCGCCUCGUCGGAGGCGGCGGCCGCGCGCGUUCGAACGGUCGCGACGGAAUCGAAAUCGAGAAAAGAAAACGAAAACGGCGCUCGAGAUUCCGUGCACAGGCGGCGAACGAUCUCGUCUCGCGCGCGAAGGCCCGCGCGGGGAACGAUCGCGAGAGGCGAGUUGCUACCCCUUUUCUCCGGAACCUUCUAGUUGUAGCGUCGAUACGCGUGUCGCUAGAGGCGGGAGGAUUAAAAAAAACGGAGAGAAAAAAUCGAGAAGAGAAAAAAAGAAAACAGAAAAAUACGCAAAGAAUAAACGAUAUUUCGUGAUUGUUAGUAGUUUACGAGUGGAACCUGUUAUGGGCCCAGUGUCCAGUAAGUAGAUCAUUUUUAAGGAACGCGCGCUACAAACGAUGAGCGAACGGUGCGAUCUUAGAAACGGGGAUGACACACGACACGUUCAAGAGAGACGCGCCAAUAUUGACGACGAUUAGAUCGACGCGGAGUGGCGACACGGUUGGCGUUCGAUCUGAGAGAGCGGAAAAUGGAGAAAGAAUGAUUCUGGCGUGGCGAGGCGCGUCCCGGAGCGCGGGGAGCAGAAAAAGAGAAAGAGAAACGAGCAUUUUUGUGAGACAGCUGGCGGUUGUAUUUUGUCGAACAAUGCUGAAGCGUGUUCCGUUGCUGCGACAUUCGGGGGGGAAAAGAAACGGGGAAACGACGGGGAUGCGAACAACGUUCGUACGAACCCAACGAUUGAGCUUAGCUUUCUACGAUCUUUCGUUCCGUUUGUUCCGUCUGCUUAGAGAGAAAGAGAGAGAGAGAGAGAGAGAGAGAGAGAGAGAGAAGCGACGUGUCUCGGCAAAAAAGCAACUACGUAAUCGCGUCGACCCUUCCUUUUAUACUGGGGAAACACGAUGUAUCGAUACCUAGAUUCUCGAAAACGCUUCCGUAACAAUAAUAACCGUAGCUCACUUUUUUACGACGAUCGUGUUUUUUACAAACGCUUGCCGAGUGCUGAACGCGCGCGAGCCAGCCGUGCCGGGGACGCACGCGUUGUUAUUUACUUUGACAGGUGACGGAGCAACAAUUUAUCCUCUCAGUUUCAUUUUCUGAUAUCGCCGUCAUCGCGCGAUCGGAUACAGGAGAAAGCAAAAAAUAGAAAAUAGAAAAAACGGAAAAAGGAAACGAACGAGAGAAGAACGAGAAGACGCAACGUUGCACGUCGCUACACGCUUGCUCCGUUUUUUUUUUCGCGUCGCCAAGCAGCAGACGCUGGCGAACCGAAUUUAAUUCACUGGUCCGCGAGACUGUGCUGUAGCCAUGAUCGCGAUAAUAAACAGAGAAACGCAGUUCCAGGCAUGAUCCCAGUGAUUUCGUAGUUGUGUCGUAAAAAAAAGCGGCGCGUUAUAUGCACUUUCAGUUGCACAACGAGACAGUUAGCGAGCGGAGAUAGGUCACGUAUUCGACGCGACUGGCUCUUUUAAGCCAUCGUUGCUGGUUAAAACGGGUAGCAUUAAUUUAUGUAGGAAUUCUAAUGGUAAAUGAGAAUGGAGAGCAUGAGACACUUUACCGACCGGUUGGACGUACAUUAUGGAUCGUAGCCUAAUUAUUCGUUGCUAUAUUUCGACCGAAGUUAAUUCUCCCUAAUUGACGCCUCGGCUUUGAAACAAAAAUGAAUAAUUUGGGAACAGGAGGUACGAUUG